ACCGAUAUUUCCGAGCUACCAUCUCUAGCUGCACAAGCCAAUUUUUUUAUUUUCCCUGGCAAAAAUUCACGUUUUUAACCGAAAAUUUGACUCACAGCAUCAUGGAAACCUCGAGCUCCAGUCCAGUAAAGCCCAGGAGAAAAGACAAGGACGAAGAUAAGUUCCGGAUCGGGGCUACACUAGCAUUUAUCGUGGUCAUCAUUGGAAUUGGCGUGCCCAUGUGGUGGCGCACCACCACAGUCUACAGAGUCAAUUUGCCCUCGACGGAAAUUUUGAGUCUGAGUAAAAUUCCGAUCAAAACGGCUGUGCAGGUGGCCAUCUACACACAACAGACCAGUCGUGGCCAGUUGCUCAUCGCCGAACUGCAGAACGCCUUCAGCGACAAUGAAAUAUGGUCUGUGGAAUUCAAGCAGCUAUCUCCUACGCCAAUGACCCAGGAAGCACACACGCCAGCUGCUCUGGAGAAGCUGUUGCUGGAGAACCAUGUCCAGAGCGUUGGCGACUUCAUGUUCAUCGAGUGGCCCAAACUGCAGGAGGAGCUGCUACUAACCACCGAAAGAUCGGCACUGAUGCGAAGUGAUACACCUUCCAACAAAAUCGCCCAGCUCCUGCACGCCAAGAUCCUGCAGACGUAUCGCAUAAAUCAAAUUUUAAGUACCGAUGAGCGGAUGGGCGCCAAGUCGGAAGCUCCGCAACCAGCCUACGAUGUGAUUGUCUCUGUCCUGAAUCCGAAACCGAGACUCACCCAUGCCAAGUGGAACAUAGCAAUGGCUGUGAAGACUUACAUUGAGCCCUGGUUGGCUAAGGUGUCCGGUGUUUCCAAUUACACGGUGCGAUCGCAGUGGAAGUACCGGGUGGCCAUCGAGGCUGAUCUCAAGCAGGUGCGCGACCAGAGCAAAUUGGGGCGACACUACGCCCUCCAGGAAACCGCUCUGCCUCAUCUGCUGACAUCGAUUGCCCAGAAUCUAAGCGCCAGCACCACCGACAAGCCGGCCAUCAACCUGGUGGUGUACAUUCCACCGUGCCACAUCGCUCCGCUUCACAUCUACAACAGCAAGGAUCAGCGGCUGACGCGGAACGACGUGGAUGCCUUCAUUUCGCCACCCUGGGGUGGCUUCAUCAUUGCUAAUCCGCCAGAGCAUGUGUGCCUUGCGGCCAUGAGCGAUCAGGAGGCAGUUCCCUACCAUGUCAGCACCACGGACAACAUGCAGGUGAUGCUGGACCAGCUGCACAAGCUGCUCGACAUCAGCAGUGAGCUUCAGAUGGAGGGCGUUAAGGUGGUGGAUAUCGAGCAACUGGAGCCACGUCGCUGGGAGUAUGAAGCAUACCUAAGACGCAGUGCCAUUCGACACAUAUCCACAGCAAGCAGCACGCUCCAGAGCCUCAUCAAACUGUUGGAUCAAAUCAGCUACAUUGUGAUAGACGACGAGGUGGGUGCCGCCAUUACAAAUUCCUAUGCCGACAUCUUGGCUGCCAAGGCUGCUCUUUUGGAGCACCGACUGGCGGACGCUUCGGUGCUGGCCAAGCGUGCGUUCGUGGCCUCGGAGCGCGGAUUCUUUGACGCCAGCCUGCUGGCGCAGUUGUACUUCCCGGACGAGCAGAAGUACGCCAUCUACAUUCCACUCUUCUUGCCCAUCAUGGUGCCUGUACUGAGUUCCUUCAACAUGCUGCGUGGUGUGCUGCAGGCCAGACGGAAGGAGAAGCAGUCGUAAACGAACCAUAACCAAAUAGUAUCAUCCCUCAUUAAAACAAUAUUUUCUUUAU